AUGUCCCUCAGAUUCAAUAACUUCAGCGACGGUGAGACGGUGUACCAGCGCUGUGUGAUCAUCAAGGGAACCUACACCCCCAGCCCCAAUACCAGCGAUGACUUCGCAACAGUCGAAGCCACCGAUGGCACCAACAUAACCUUCCCAGUCCAAACCUGGCCCAUCGCAGACAACAGGAUCAAGAUCAUCGUUCUCCUCUCCCCAGGCCUCAACAAACUCACCAUCACCCGCUCAUCCGGCACCCAAGACACGAUCACGCAGCUGGACCUAACCUACAUCCCCCUCCUCCAAUCGCCCCCCCUCCACCUCGCCAUCAUGGUCGCAAAGGACUCCCCCCUCCUAAUCGACUGCCCGCCCCUCAAAUACGGCGCCUCCUCCACAGCCCAUGCCUCCCUCGACGCCGCUGUCGCCAAGCUCCGCAUGUCAGCGUAUAUGUGGCAGGCCCUCACUGCCGAGGACAUGCGAAUCAAGGGCCUCGGUCGUCGAUCCUUCAGGCUGGAGGAGGAAUGGGCUGCUGACACGACUAGUCGCACGUUCCUUGACGGGCUGCACGAGGCUGCUCUCUUUGACAGCGGUGCCAUGAGGUCUACUGCCAAAGUCCAUGUCGUGAGAUCGGAGAGGACGACGGCGGAGAUCCGCGACGCAGAGGUUGCGCAGCAGAAUGAGGCCGCAAAGUCGAGGGAUGGACUGUUUGACUACUUUCUGGAGGCGCUUGCGGCCCAGGGUUCACCUUUCGAGGCUUCAGCGCAUCCGGUUGUGGCGGGCAUGAUUCUCGACUCGCACUUUUCCGUGAGUAAGAAGCUCAUUCUCGGUCACGCCGCGCUGGGAUGUCAUAACCUGACCGGGGUAUCCCUCGGCAUGAUGGGUAGUCACCUGGCGUACUCCUGGCCUCGAUUCAUGGAAGAGGUCUCGGACUGUCUUCUCGAUACCCGCGCCCCAGGCACAACAGUCGGCGAUGAUAACGGAGAGUGCGGAACGUUUUGGGAGGCAUGUUCGAUCGGGCAAGGCGCGUUCUUGCACGAGGUCGGACAUGCUUUUGGGGCUCCGCACACUACUGGUAUCAUGGCGCGCGGGUACUCGGGUCACUGGCCUCGAAACUUCCUGGUCAAGACAGCGUACUCCCAGAAGAUCAACAAGGAUGGUUUCGUCGUUGUCGAUGGCCAGACGGCGAAUGACGCCAAGUGGGAUCUGCGGGAUGCCCUGUCCUUCCGGUCUCUCAACCACUUCUGGCUGCCCGGCGACACGAGGCUGUCGGCAGCGCAGCGAUCCAGCGCUCCGACCGUCUCUCUCAUCAAUAUUGAGACUGAUGAUGUCGGAGUUGAAAUUGCCUGUGCCGCCAACCUCGCCCGGAUGGAUUUCAACGGCAGCUUGGAACUCCUCCCCUCCAUGGAUAGCCCAGCUUGGAAAGUCUCCUACACUCUCAAAGAACUCGAAUCCCGCUUCAGCCGCGAUGAGAGCCUGAAGCUCUACGUCCUCGGCAUGAACGGCAAGACAAAAACGGUGCGCGAUAUCUGGCGCCUCUUCUCAUCAACCACGUACAUCCGUAUCCCCGGGUCAGACGUCCUCCUGCACAAGCGCUCAGUUGUGACCAAAGACCUCGAGGAGGCGGCGGACGACGGCGAAGAACACAAGUUUUGGUCAUGGGCGACACUGCUUACCCGGCGCAAGAGUGAUGGGUCUAUUGUGCGUGCGACUUCAGUCGAUGUACGGACUGGGUGUAUCCUCGACGGCGCGUAUGUGCAGUUCCCUGGUGGCGCGCGUGUCAACUGUGGUCCGAGGAUUAGUAAGUGGGGUGGUGGUGAACAUACGUUUGGGGGCCAUGCGUCUGAGGAGGUUCAGAUCCCCAAGGGCGCGGAGAUUGUCAAGGUUGAGGUGUCUAGGGAAGAGGAUACGCUUCGUGGCAUGAGGAUCCAUCUGAGUGAUGGUUCGUCUGGUGGUGCUUUGACGGGAUAUGGGGAUAUUCCCGAGACCUCGACUCUUGAGGCACAAGCGGAUGAGCGUGUUGUCGGGUUCUAUGGCCGCAGCUGGUGGGGUAGCAACUUUGACGGCUUGGUCGAGUUUGGUAUCAUUACCGCGCCCAAGGACGUUGAGCUCCCGGCGAUUGUGUACGGAAUGACGGACCUCCAGAAUACGGAGGGAGGAUGUGGGGGUGAAGCAGACUUUGAAAGUGGUGAUGAGGACAUGGACGACGAGGAGUAA